AUGACGUCGCCAGCGACAGAGCACGAACGACUCGAAACCGCCACCGCCAAAAUUGUCCUUCUCGGGGAGUCUGCGGUAGGCAAGAGUUCCAUCGCCCUGCGGUUCGCGCGCAAUGAGUUUCACCCCAACCAGGAGACAACUGUCGGCGCCGCGUUUCUCUCGCGCAGCGUGACGGUGCCGCCGUCCUCCGCCGCUCCAGAGGCCACCGCCGGCGGAUCUGUCAAGUACGAAAUAUGGGACACGGCGGGACAGGAGCGCUACCGCUCUCUCGCGCCCAUAUAUUACCGCGGGGCGUGCGGCGCGCUGGUGGUGUACGAUAUCACGAGUGCCGAUAGUCUCAAGAAGGCACAGACGUGGCUGCGCGAGCUGCACUCCAACGCGGACCCGACCCUUACCAUCUUCCUGCUGGGGAACAAGAAGGAUCUGGAGUCGUUGCGGCAGGUUUCGUACGAGGAGGGCGCCGCACUCGCGCAGGAGGAGGGCGUGAACGGCUUCUUUGAGACCUCGGCGAAAGAUAACUUCAAUAUCGAGGAAGUGUUUGUAGAACUCGCGCGGACGCUCUUGGAACAUGGGCUCGCGUCUUCGUCCGCCCACGGUGCGGGGGGCGCACGUGGCGCAAGGCGACUGGAGCCUCCAUCACGACCGCAGAAGCAGGAGAGAGGUUGUGCGUGCUGA